AAGGGCGCCGACGCGGGGCUUGCAGUUGCCGUGGGAGGGCCCCACGUCUGCCGGACGCCUGACCUCUCGCCAGCACCGCCCCAGGUAGCCCCCAGCUCGGCCUUCGAGCUACUUGCUGGCACUAACCGCUUCCUCUCUCGUAGUGAGUUGCUUAACCACUGCACAAUAAUGAGUACCGGAGGGAGUGUAGCAAACCCGACCACUGGCCAAUCUGCGUUGCAAAACACACCCGUUGCUUCUAAGGGCACGACUCCUGCGGGAGAAACCAAGGUGGUAUUGAAGAAUCCUUUCGCAGAUGCUGGUAAAGGUGAAACGAAACAGCCUCCUUCAAAAGGCAACAAUGACGAGGUAAAAAAAGAUCCACCUGCAGACGCCAACAAAGGAGAAACCAAACCGCCUCCCGCGCAAGUCAACAAAGGCGAAACGAAAAACCCUCCUGCAAAAGACAAUGUCGCAUCAAAUGUGAUUCCCGCGCAAGCGAACACAGGAGAAACAAAAAAAGAGCCUCCUGCUGAAGGCAACAAAGGCGAAACAAAGCAGCCGCCCGCUGAAGUCAACAAAGGCGAAACGAAAAACCCUCCUACAAAAGACGGUGUCGCAUCAAAAGAGCCUCCUGCACUAGCCAACACAGGCGAAGCGGAAAACCCUCCUACAAAAGACAACGACGCGUCGAAAAAAGAGCCUGCAGCAGAAGGGUGCGAAGGCGGGACGAAAGAGCCUGCAGCAGAAGGCAGCGCAGAGGGCAAGACCUGGAGAAAGCCCUUCUCGGAGACGACGGCCGCCGUGGCCUACUACAUCGACGAGUUCGGGAACCGCAAGCGCUACUGCGGCGCGGCGCGCAAGCGCUUCAAGUGGCUGGUGAGCAAGGGCUUCACGGAGGAGGAGGCGCGCGGGCUGGCGCACCACGGCAUGCAGAAGCUGCAGCCCUUCACCGCGCUCAAGCAGAACUUCGCGGACGACGACGUCAUAUUCGACUCCGAGUCCCUGCAGCUGCGGAAGGCCGCCAAGCGCCCCGCCGACGGCGACGCCGGGGACGACGAUUUGGACGAGCAGCCGCCCACCCCGCCCACGCCCCCGCUCGCGCCCAAGAAGAAGAAGCUGCGCAAGGACCGCACGUUCCACGAGCCGCCCGACGUGGUGAAGGCGUCGCUGGGCGGCAUUCGCGUGGGCCUCAUCCCGGCCACCUACCCCGACGCGCUGCUGUCCUCCGAGCAGCUCAAGCUGCUGCGCUUCACCGUGCUGGAGCAGCUGGUGCCGCAGAAGCAGGGCGGCUUCAAGCCCAAGUUCCUCGGCACCAGCGCCAAGCCGGGCUUCAUCAUCUUCCACUGCGAGGACCAGGCCACCGUGCUCUGGCUCAAGACCGUCCUCAACAAGCUCAGCGCCGUCGUGGACGCGGACCUGCGCGCCCUCGAGCACUACCAGAUCCCGCGCAAGCUGGCCAUCGUCGGCUACUUCCCCAACAAGCGGCGCGAAAGCAUCGGCCAGAUCUUCGACACCAUCAAGGAGCACAACGAAGGACUCAACGUGGACACGUGGGUGCUGCACAAGCUCAUUACGAUUAAAGGAGUCACGCAGGCUAUUAUCGCCGUGGACCACCAGUCGGCGGCGAAGCUCAUCAAAGACGACUUUAAAAUCAACUUUAGAAAGAGAGUGCUUCAGCUUAAACCGGAUGCGAAGUUCGAGAAAAACGUGGAAGUCACGGUGUACAUUCCCAAAGAUCCGAAAGAAGGUACGUCUCGGCCUUGGAAUAAGUGGUGGAAUCCCAAACUCCCACGGCCUCCUCAAUUUGAGGGUGUGCAAGGUCCAGGGGGCCCAGGCGCGCUCGCGACGGGUAUUGAGCCUGAGGGAAGCGCGCUUGGGCCGCGCCCGGUGGGUGCGCCGCCCCCCUCGCACGGAUCUCCGCCUUGGCACGUAGGGCCAAAGGGGGCGAACCCGGGCCCUCCACAUCCAAAUCCGAUGUGGGGCAACGGACUCCCGAAUCAAAACCCAAUGUUUGGAAACGGACCCCUGAAUCAAAACCCAAUGUUUGGCGGCGGACCCCCAAAUCAAAAUCCGAUGUUUGGCAGCGGACCUCCAAAUCAAAACCCGAUGUUUGGCAGCGGACCCCCAAAUCAAAACUCGAUGUUUGGCAGCGGACCCCCAAAUAAAAACUCGAUGUUUGGCAGCGGACCCCCAAAUCAAAACCCGAUGUUUGGUAGCGGACCUCCAAAUCAAAACCCGAUGUUUGGUAGCGGACCUCCAAAUCAAAACCCGAUGUUUGGUAACCGGCACCCAAAUCAAAACCCAAUGUUUGGCAAUGAGCCUCCAAAUCAAAAUCGCAUGUUUGGAAAUGUACCCCCAAAUCAAAACCCGAUGUUUGACAACGGACCUCCAAAACCAUUCUUAGCUGUGUGCCCUCCAGGCCCUCCCCAAGGGCCUAUGCCUUCUCAAACAGGUCCCAGCUCUUACAAUAUGGCUCCCGUGCCCCCUCGAAACGAGCCAAGAUUUGACCCUCAAAUGGUUGAACCAAGUGGUCAAAUGAAACGCGGCCUACCGCCAAGUGAUCUGGAGAGAGAACAGGGCUUUACAAGAGGGAAUCCAAACUUCAAUCCUGCAAGCCACGAAGUCACGCAAAUAGCACCGCUGAAUAGAAAUCCCACACAUGGCUCACUGCCCGAGUCUGAGAGACCCGUGCGAGAGAGACGUCGAGGCGAUUACCCAUCCCGCCCUCCGGUCAGCGAAGCUGAGAGACCUCGAAGGGAUGUGUCCAGAGAUCGUGUAUUCACGACCGAGUCCGACAGACCUCCUUGGGCCCCCCGGGGUCACACAUCUGAGGAAGCCCGGCGUCCAAGAGACAACCCUCGGCGCGACUCUUCGACCGACGUUGAUGGGCCUCAGUGGAACGCGCCCCGUGACAGGUUUUUCGAUCGCGGAUCUGCCUCUGUGGACGACGGAGCGCGCCUUGCGAGCUCUCGAGACAGGUUCUCGGCAGAUAGGCGUCCCAGAAGCCGAUCUCGUCAUUCUCCAAAUCGCCGUUUCGAAACAGAACCCGAUAGACGGCAGCUGACGAGACAUCAAGUCAGUUACUCUGGGCCUGAUGCUGGAAGGCCUUCGCGUAAUCUAGAAUAUUCAGAGAAUCGCUACGUCGCUGAAGCCGAUAGGCGGCCACGGGACGCGUCCCGAGACACCUACUCAAACAGUGGGCUGCUACCCGAAUCCGAAAGACCACCGCCUGUUAGGCGCAGAGAUUACGUGGACCUCGGCCACGCAGUCGAAGCUGACAUGCACCCACGGGGACCGCCAGAUAGUUACUUACCUCGCGGCCCGGCAAGCCAAGUCCCGCCGAGGGGUAUGUCUCCAGAAAGGUUUUCAAAUCGAGCUACAAUUGACACUAUUGGACGUCCGCGGGACAGGCCCCAGGAGGUUUAUCAAGGCUCAGAGGUGGAAGCUGAUCGCCACCCUAGGGGCAUAUCUCGCGAAAGAUUCCCAAACAGAGGACGAGCGGUCGAAGACGAUGGCGUUCCGUGGGCUGCGUCUCGAGAUCGCAACCGAAGCGGAACACACGCACCGGAGGGAAUUCUAAGAGACACUUCCCGAGAUAGGUUUUCAAACAGAGGAUCGACGACCGAGGACGAUAGACGGGGCGCGCCUCGAGACAGGUCCUUGACCCGUGGUUCAACAAGCGACGCCGGUAGACCGCAGUGGGCUUCGGCUCGGGAUGUUUCGUUGAGAGGCAGGCCUCGUGAACGGCGGCCGAUUCCGGGACCUGGGGCAGACGAGGUUGCCCCUCCGUGGGCGCGACAAGACAAGGGAAUAAACGAACCCCCGAAACCUGAGUGGACAGGAUCUCGCGGCGAUUUCUCUAACCGCAGUGCAGCUCCCGAAAGUAUUAGACCGCCGAGAAGUACGUCUCGAGAAGAUACCCGGAAAGAUAACAGACCUCCAUGGGCCGCGUCUGGAGAUAGCUUCGAGAGACGGGGCAGAGACACUGAACCUCGCGGCCCUCUACGAGGUACGUCUGGAGACAGAAUCGGCCCUUCAAGAGAAAGCUUUCCGAAUCGUGGUUCAGCAAUGGAAGUAGACGAGAGGCCUCCUUGGGCCUCGUCUCGAGGCACAUUCCCCAAUCACGAACCCACAGUCGCCGACAGACGCCCACCGCCCCAGCGUGCCGUCAACAUCAACCGUGAUUUGUCUGUUGAAGAUGGGAGACCACAGUGGGGAACGUCACGGGAUGGUUACACAAACCGUGAUGCAACAGUUGAUGAGCCUCCAAGAGAUAGAUCCCGAGAGAGACUCUCAGUCGCUGCAGACGAGCGGUCUCCAUGGGGCCCAUCCCGAGCCGGUAGACCUCCGUGGGUCGCAUCUCGGGAGCGCGAGGACGCUGUCGCAACCGGAAGGCGGCCCAAAACCACGGCUGGAGACAGUUAUCCUUCGCGCCGGGAGCUUGAAGCGGAAGCCGUCGGCCCUGCGAGGAGCCCGCCGGCAGGCGAGUCCCGACCGGCUCCCCCCCGAGACAGGUUCUCCAGGCACGCCGAACCCGAACGGCCUCCGAGGGAGACGUCCCGUGAGAGGUACGGGGCCCGCGGUUACCCGCCGGACGCCGCCGCCGCCGGCCCGCCCUGGGCCACCGGCCGGAACCCACAGGAGGCCAGGGUAUUCCGCCAAGGGAUUUCUGCUCUGGACGAGGCGUCGCCCCGGCGGCCGGCCGGCGAGUGGGGCGGGCCGCGGGGUGCGGCGGCCGGGGGGGCCCGGAGCGCCUUGGGGCGAGGCCGGGCCGAGGUGAGGGGGUCGCGUCGCGACGCGCCCGCCGGCGGCCCCGCGCGGGAGCAGCAGGGCUGGAGCGGCCGCCCCUCCCAGGCAGGGCCCCACCGAGGCCCCGUGGGCGCCGGCCGGUUUUAUUGCGGCGGGGUGCACGGGGGAUCGACGGCGGUGCCAGAGGCGGCGGCAGAGUGGAAGAGCGGCCUCGUUGACGAAACCGUCAGCACUGCCGUCGACGCAGCCCGCAACGGGGACGUGGCAUUACGUUCCUUGACGAUCUUGAUUCGCAUCACAUCGUCACCGGAUGCGGCGCUGGGCGAGGGCGGGCGGCCGCUGGCGGAGCAGCUGGCGCAGGUGGCGCUCAUGGCGGAGGAGAUGGACGCCACGUGGAAGCGCGCCGAGGAGACGCUGGAGACCAUGAUGGAGCGCCGGCGCAACCGCCGCCGCCACCGCCUCCCGGACAGCGACGCCCACGACGACGACACGGUGCGGACGAAAGAAAUUACAACUGGAGAAAAUCGUCAUCGUAGUUUUAUAAGUCGCAGCACACUAGUC